CGUCGUCGUCGACAGGAAGUUCGUCCCAAUCACAGACGAACACGCUAGACUGUAUUGAGGUCUCAGCCGCAUCCGUUAUGGUCACAGCUUAUCCUGGUUGCAGGGCUCUUAUCCGGAAAAGCCUAGAAUUAAGAGGAACCCCUAAAACAGCGAUCGAGGUCUGUUUAGCGUCCAUUACUUCGUCUACUAUCAAGCAAUAUAACACAGGUUUAAAGCUGUGGUAUAGAUACUGUCAAUCAAGGAACGAGAGUUGCUUUACUGCAUCAACUCCAAACGUCCUAGAAUUUUUGCAAGAACAGUAUAAUAGGGGUGUAUCUUAUGGUACACUCAACUGCUAUAGGUCUGCCGUAGCCCAGCUUUUAGGACCCUCACUUGCUGAAGACGUCCGAGUAAAACGUUUCUUUAAGGGGGUUUUUCAUUUAAAACCCAGUCUACCUAAGUACGACAAUACCUGGGAUCCUUCACUUGUAUUAAAUUAUUUAAGAAGUCAAAUUAACGAAAACAUAUCUUUAGAACAGCUUUCUUAUAAAUUAGCCAUGUUAUUAGCUCUUGUUUCGGCGCAGAGAGUCCAGACACUUUCACUUAUUGAACUUAAGGAUAUAAAAAUUUCCUCCCUUGGAGUACAAAUUUUUAUUCGUGAUCUUAUUAAAACGUCGGCUCCAAAUCGAACACAGCCUAUUAUUUCAUUACCGUUUUAUAAAGACGAAGAGGCCGUUUGUGUUGCUACUACUCUCUUAUUUUACAUAAAUUCAACAAGAGCCAUAAGAAACUCGGCCUGUAAUAAACUUUUAGUAACGUUUAAAAAACCCUACCAUAAUGCUUCAACACAGACAAUUUCACGAUGGAUUCGAAAAGUUAUGGUUAUGGCCGGAAUUGAAUCUACGGUAUAUUCUUCGCACUCUACGCGACAUGCAUCAACGUCCUUAGCAGAUCGUAAAGGCAUAUCAUUAGAUACAAUUAGAUUAGCGGCUGGCUGGACAGAACAUUCAAAGACCUUUGCCGCCUUUUAUAAGAGACCUGUUUGUGACUCUUAUGCGUUUGCAAGAGCCAUAUUACAAUGACACAACUAUGUGUUUAUUAUGUUAUAAACCUUAAUAUUAAUUUCUUAAUGCUCUACUGUUAGAUGUUCUUAGUUUAAUAAUGUUCUGUUUUUCGUUUACUUUUGUUUCAUGUUUCAUAUUACUCAGAUUUAACGUUUUCUUUUUUAUCUUACAGUGUAUAAACAUCUGAAUAUAACUAUAUAUAUAUAUUUUUUUCUUUUUCCUUGGAUUGUUCGUCUGCAGUUGAACAAUUAUUUAUCUUUAAACAUCUACGCUUGUUCUUAUUUACGAACGAGGACGAAAUAUAAUUACUAAAUCAAACGAACUUACCUGUAAUGAAGUUCGAUUGUAAUUAUAUGAAGUCCUCGUGAAGUAAAUAAGACCCUCCCUCCCUGUAUUACCUUCUUACCCUUUUUAUAAUUGCAACAACUGCAGACAGGUCUUUAAAUAAUGAGCUGGAUGAGGUAGGUACUAGACCAACGAAGGUACGGGUUAAGCGGGGUAGCACGCGGGUUGUUUACUUUAAAAAUUCGUGGUGUGCGGUGUGAGAUAGGGAAACUACGCUUGUUCUUAUUUACUUCACGAGGACUUCAUAUAAUUACAAUCGAACUUCAUUACAGGUAAGUUCGUUUGAUUUAGUAAUAUUACGCUGGU